AUGGGUAGAGUGGAAAACGGAUUGGAGGGGGACCUCCCCAACACAAAAGAGAGAGUGAUCAAAGAAACAAAAGAGAGGGAUGGUUGGGACUGCCACAAUUUUCUGAGAAAAAGUGAAGCAGAAAUCUCUGAAGCUACUCAAAUGGUUCAAAGGCAUCAUUUUCUGCAUCCACAGCUGUCAUGGAAUGAAGAGGGCUACGUUGGAAACAAAACCAAAACUGAAAAGAAAGUGCUCAUGCUUAUGAGGACAAGUUUCAGAAACUCAAACAAGACCCAAUUCCAAACACCCUUUUCCCUUCUGAAUCCAAAGCAUCCACCUUUACAUCCUCCUGCAAAAGGGGUCGUAAAAGAAUUAGAGAAAGAAGAGGAAGAAAUGUUGCAGUUGUUCUUCACAGUGGCUUUCUCUACUGUUCCUCUGACCCUUUAUGUCCCACCGAUCAGAAGCUUCAAUCUGUUUGUGGAAACAAUGGAAUAUGUUGUCAGAGAAUCAAGAAGUUACAGGAGCAGGGUUUACCCUCGCCUAAGAGGUGCUUGGUCUAGGAUGUUGAAUUUCAUGCUCUGCAACAACAACACAAGGUAG